CUCUAUUUGAUUCUGCGCUGAUGUUUGGGUCUCCAACUGGCAUUAAAAAUCCUAGUUACUGCAAGGCCCAUGCGAAGCCGACGUCCGCGUACAUCGUAUCGUAUCGUACCAGGGCGCCACACACUCAGCAAGCCCCCUUGUGCGUGCCCUUCCCGGAGCCAUGACAGGCCGCGUCUUGCAACCCCCCCUAUGACGACACCGCGCUGGCUCUUCAUCGCGUAACACUCGUAUCAGUCAGUCAGUCAGUCAUCCGUCCGACCAAGCCACGACCUGAGAGCUCGGAACCCUUGCUCCCUGAUACUCACCAUUAACAACAACCUUUCAGCCUCAUACCAACUGUGGCCUGUCGGAAAUGACAUCACACUCGUUUCCAUCGGCGUUUCUCGACAAUUGGAUUCACACUCUCAAAUCGACCCGCGGCGAACAACUCGACGACUUCCCCAACUAUCACCUCUCAGACCCCGAGAGCCUUGUGACGACAUGCAGCCCCAAGUCGCUCGUCGUUGGCAACGGCGCCGCCAUCUACAGGAACACGCUUCUCCCGGCCAUCCUGUCCGCGAAACAUGAGGUCAUCUUGGUGACCUGCUUCUGGGCCCCGUCCGAUACCCUAACCGCCAUCAAGGAGACCCUAGAGCUUCUCGCCCAACAACGACUGGAAUCCAUUCGGACUUCUGGCGAGGACGCCGUCGCUCCAUUACGCGUCCGCAUCGGGUUUUCGUCCCGUAGCUUCUUCCAGAAGAUCUUCCAUCCGUGGUCGAGGGACGGAUACGCGUACCCAACCUCGGCAUGGCCAAAGCUCGGGUUGCCUCCCGACGCCACCCUCGAGGCGGCCCGCAUUGAACUGUCUGUCAAGAGCCUGUUCUUCUUGCCAUUCAGCGUCAUGCAUCCCAAGUUCGUCAUUGUCGACCGCAAACGCGCCUGGAUGCCCAGCUGCAACGUGAGCUGGGAGACGUGGUUCGAAGGCUGCAUCGGGUUCGAAGGGGCCGCCGUCGCCCAGCUCGUGAGAUUCUACUCUCACGUAUGGGAGCCAGCCAGCCCUCGGCGUGUCCCCGACGACGGCGACGAUGACCACAACGGAACUAGCGGUGGGAUGACAAAUUGGCGACCAGGCCAUUUCAAUGAAGACGCUGAUCGGACUAUGACUGAUGAACCACCUUGCAACGACGAGACCGCGUAUCGUCGGCUGAACCUCGCUACUCUGCCGCCGUGUCCAACGAUACUCUUGCCCUCGUCCCAUCACUGGAACCCCGGCUUCCGCUACAUUCCCUUGUGGAGGCGGACCACUGCGCCAGCAACCCCCCUGAACGCAGCGUUGCUAUCUUUAUUUGCGUGUGCCCGGACCGACAUCGACAUCGUGACACCCAACCUGACUUGCCGGACGGUCGUCGAUGCACUUCUGGACGCUCUGCGCCGCGGUGUCAACGUCCGCAUCAGGACGAGCAAGAACAUGAUGUUGAUCGAGCAGCUCGUGACGGCCUGCACGACGACCGAGUGGACACUUCAGUCUCUCAUCAAGCGAUACCGCCAAGCCUGCACGGAGUGGGGCCGAAAACGAUCGGGUGACGCCGAGUCCCAGCUGCAACGUCCUGGCCGUCUCGACAUCUACUACUACCGCCCGAACUUGCAGGCGUCGGCGGUGCGGGACCCAGAAGAGCCGGUCGUGUCACAUUUAAAGAUGACGCUUGUCGACAGGGAGUACCUCUGCUUGGGCUCCGGCAACCUGGACAGGGCCAGCUGGUACACGAGUCAGGAGCUGGGCAUCCUGCUACACAUUCCCGACUUCAAACAUGACAUUUGGUCUGAAUCCCUUGAGUCCAGAAUAGAAGUGCGAUUCAGCGGUGGUGUUGGCGACGGAAUGGCAGGCUAGGUAGUCAGCCACUCCAUUCGAUGAGUUGAGUUUAUGUACCUUUGCCUAUGUGUAUAUGCAUGCUCAUGUACCCUAUACACGGCGUCGCCGUAAUAUACCCAUCAUGCUCUGCAUUUCUUAUCAAUCCAUGUCUUGGUCGUUCGCUU